AUGUUAUAUGUACUACUGCAGUAUGACCUAGAUGAUAUACAAUACUUCACCCCAUAUCACCAGUCAUCAUGCACACUCAGAACUGCUACUACCCUACCCAUAGGAGAGACAUUCACUCCAAUCGUUGUUAUACCAGUCUCAAAACCUGACGAAGGUAUAUUCACUCCUCAACACCUGCGACCACUGAUCGAAUCAUACCUUCAACAAGAUGACGUACUUACCCAAUCAUUCUUCAAUACCGUCCUUCUUCAUCCCGAAGAUAGAUCUACCAAGUUCGAUAUCGACAUCUCUGCUCUUGUCUAUCUGAUGAGAGAGAUGGAUGCGAAGAUAUUGAUAUUGGACGAAAGUUUGAAGAUCAACUUACCUAGUCCAGGAACGGUUUUACCUUCUUUAUCUGUUCAUACUGUCCCCUCUGGAUGUCUUUCAGAUAAAACCGCUGGACCGUACCUUGCUAGAUCACAAUUAUUCGGGAACGAAAUUGAUCUUUUCCCGGUGUAUAGACUUUAUGCCGAGUAUUAUAGGACAUUCGUCAGUGGUGUAUAUCCCCUGAACGACGGAUUGGGAACGUACAGAGUUUUGGGAAAGGUAGAUGAAUUUGGGAAUCAGAUGAUACCUGUACCUUCUAGGUUAUAUACCAUUGACUCUGAGAAACCUCUGGCAGGCGAAAGAGUUGGGGUAAAAGAUAUAUACUAUAUCAAAGGUCUCCCUACCACUGCUGGAUCCAGGACCUAUACAGCCUGGAGAGGAACUGCGAAUACUACAGCAUCAUCCAUGGUGAAGCUCCAAAAUGAAGGUGCAGAAAUCGUAGGAAAGGCUAAAACAGUGGCCCCAUUCUCACCUCGAGGCGAUCUAUAUCAAUCAUGCGGAUCAUCUUCCUCUGGUCCAGCUUGCGCUAUGGCAGCUUACCAUUGGCUCGAUUUCACCGUUGGAUCAGAUACCGCUGGCUCUGUAAGAGGUCCGGCAGCUGUGGCAGGACUUUACGGUAAUAAGCCUACACAAGGUAUUAUCAAUCUUGAUGGACUCGUGCAGGUACUCAAAUGGACGGAUACUCCUGGUAUUUUCACGAGAUCUCCUGCCAAAUUUAAGAAGAUAUUGGAUGCUUGGUACUCUGACUCACAAGCUAAUCGAAGACAUAAUCAUCUUCCCAAGACUCUAUUAGUCCCCUCCGACGACUUCCCUGAUAUGCCCGAAAACAUCCGGUCGAUCGUUGUGAAGACAUUACGAGUCAUCGAGAACACCUUAGGGAUGAAAGUGGAGAUGAUCAAUCAGACUGCCACUCAUCCGCAUAAGCACCCGGAUGACGGAGGGUUUAUGACGGUUGAGAUGUUUAAAAAAACGAUAUUUGCAUGGCAAUCGAGAUAUCUCGGACAGACGAUCCUCAAGUGGUACGGAUCCCAAAAUGAAGGGAGAUUCCCACCGGUUGACGAAGAUUUUGACAAAAUGAAGGAAAGACAGGAACUUACGGCAGAAUGGUUCAAUGGGAUGAUUGGAAGAGAUGAAGAAACUUGUUCGAAAACUAUAUCAGUCUAUGUUGAUCCAUUCCCUCUUGAUAAGCUGCCUGUAUACAGGGAGGAAAAACUGAAUAAUAUCAGUGAGAGCUUUAUUCCAAAGCGAAAGAAUCGGUUAUUCGCAUAUGCACCAGCUUCAAUCUCUGGUGCACCAGAGUAUGUCGUACCAAUCGGUCACGUACCUUUCAAAUCUCUUGUAUCGGGUGUAGAGGAAAUGCACCCUCUCUCCAUGAGUUUUAUUGCCUAUCCCGGAUGCGACUCCAUGUUACUUGGUUUCGUUAAUAAGCUUGGCCAGUUGAGCGCUGGGGUACUCAAGGAUACGAAGACGGGGAGAAUCGCGUUCUGA